GGCUCUUAUAAUCAGUCACCUACAGUCACAGGCAGCCACACACACUACAGCUGUCCACAGUGAGCAGAGAGCGCAGAGCUGCACUUACACACAGGACUGUGGAGAUAUACAGUAAAAGGAGCACAAUGAUGAGGGUCAGCCUGCAAACUCUGAUGGCAUUUCUGUUGUUGAGCCAUGCAGUAACACCUGGAGUAGCGUCUUCAUCCGAUCCAUCAGCAAUGCCCUCUUCCUCUCAAACUGCUUUCAGUCCAGCCAGCAGCACUUCAUCGGUAACAGAAGCCAUCUCCACAUCAACUUCCUCAACCACAUCAUCCACAAAUAUCUCAUCUCAGAGUUCAACCCUGAGCACAGACAUCGCCACCUCCACUGCUCCACAAACAGAAAGCUCCAUCCCUGUCACCAGCACCCCCAGCACAAGCAAAACAACCACUGUCAAACACACCAGCCUGUCCCCGAGUACUACUGACCCCAAAUCCCCCAGCGCCAGUGAAAGUCCCACUGGUACCACCACCAACACUUCUCCUGGCACCCCCACCAGCCUGACCACGAGUACUACUGUCACCGGAUCCCCCAGCACCAGUGAAAGCCCCACUGGCACCCCCACCAGCCCGACCCAGAGUACUACUGUCACCGGAUCCCCCAGCACCAGUGAAAGCCCCACUGGCACCCCCACCAGCCCGACCCAGAGUACUACUGUCACCGGAUCCCCCAGCACCAGUGAAAGCCCCACUGGCACCCCCACCAGCCCGACCCAGGGUACUACUGUCACCGAAUACCCCAGCACCAGUGAAAGCCCCACUGGCACCCCCACCAGCACUGAUCCCGGCACCCAAAGCACCAGUUUCUCCACUACACAAUCCAUCAGCCUUUCCAGCACGACUACACAACCCACCACCGCCGCCGCCUCCACCCCCGCUACACAACACACCACCCCCAUCCCCACUACACAACACACCACCCCCAUCCCCACUACACAACACACCACCACCUCCCAUACCAGUACCACCACUGAGGUGCAGGAGCCACACAACUCCAAGGCUCUAAGCUCAGGAAGUGUUGCAGGCAUCGUCAUUAUGUUCAUCAUCACUGUCGUCCUGGUGUUAGGUGGGCUGUACUACUACAAAAUGCGACGUACAUCAUAUGGACCUCUUUUGGACAGUGACCAAGGAACCUUCCACAACCUAAUGUAUGACCCUUGAAUCUUCACUUUCGGACUGGAAUCUAAGAACCCCUCAGCCAAAGGCCGGAGUGUGCUGUAGUGUGUCUGUAAUGAGUUCAGAAUGGUCAUAUUUUAUUACUGGGACAUGCAGCCUGAUGGCUUCAUUGCGCUUUGAUGCAAAAUGCUAAAGUAAUGACAGUGACAUUUCUACUGAUCUGUGUUCAGGUAACCUCAGGUUAUAAAAUUGCACAUUUUACUCGAGUAGCUUUUCAUCGGCUCUGGCUGCACAGACACCGUGCAUGAAAGGAGGCAGGUUAAAAUCACAGCGGUCACAAGCGUGUUCACCAGAGGUAUCCUGAAUUGUAAAUUAUACAUUUUCUGUUUGAUAGGUACAAAAUAGAUCAGAUUGUGUCAACUAAACCAGGAUGUUGUAAAGAAGCUAGAACACAGCAAGUGUACAGAGAUAGGUUAAAGGUGUAAUAUGUAUACAACUUCAAACUGUUAAAUUCAUACUACAAACAAAUAGGGGGAAACAAGCACAAGAGUAAAUGCUAACUGUAGGUGUUGUUAGCUAAUUAGCUCAGUUAGCAGUGCAGUUAGCAGUCUUAUUAGCUGGUUCUGCCUGGACUGGGACUACCAGGGAAGUGUUGGUGUUGUUUUUACCACUUUGGAAAGCACCUAGCAGGUUAUGCAGCACGGACGUGGGCACCAGAACCAGAGCUGGGCCUGUGUGCACUGGAUCGGGGUCAGCAGCCUCCCAAUUUUGAAUCUUUUUAACGAAAAGUUUUACAUAUUACACUUUUAAGGCAGUAGGAGUAAUGAUAGGUGGGAAGAACCUCACUGACAAUUUUCAAAAACAGGGCCCUUAAAAUGUGUGAUUUACAAAGAGCAUGCAUGAAUUGCAAAUGAUGCAUAGUAGAUGGUCAUCAUGACAGAAAAUGUGUUGUUUUAAAAUCAUGGAUUGUUCUGUGGAGCUAUUUCCUUACCUAAACUGUGAAAUUAGAUUUCUGUCGCUAAUGUAGCUAAAUGUUCAGAUUUUCGCUUUUUCAUUGACUAUUUUGUAACCAGGAAGGUAAAAGCUGAGGCUUGCUUGCACAAAAUGUCUCCUAUGAGCUGGGAAGUAGACAUUUCAGACAACAUAAAGAGGUUAUGGCAGCUAAGGAAACUGCUUUGAGAAAACAGGUCUGAUGUUUCAUUCAUUCCUUUUCAAAUGAAAUGUGUAAAAGUUUGUUUCUCCAUCUAAGGACCUGCAUUACAUAAAAUAUUUUCAUAUUACAACUUGAAUGGUGCCGAGGCAGAGAGAGACUAGACUUUACAAGGGGAGUGAUAUCCCUUGUAUUCAUCCUGCUGACGUGGCCUUGAGCAAAACACUGAAUCCUUUCCUGCUCUAUGAGCUGAUCUGCUGCUGAGCCUGACUUUGACCUCCCUGCGAAGGAAACAAAAAUCUAGUGUUUUUUUCAUAGCAAUAUUUUAGAAUGAAACCAGAGAUUUUUAAAAAAAUAUCCUGUUUAUAUGAGUGUGUAAUGUGAGUAUUUAAUUAUGAGGGUUUUUUGUAUUAAUGAAUGUUGUUAUUGUGAAAUUCUCUUGUUUCUGUACGAUUUCACUUAGCUGUGCUAAGUAGCUCAGCCAGGCUGCAGUUCUGAUUGUGAUUUUAACUCCUUCAGUAUUUAAUAUAGUAUUUUCAGUUUACAUUCAGGUAAAGGAUAAUCUGACUGUUGUGAUGCUCUUGAAUGAUUUUUUUUCAGUGGUAAGAUUGUAUUAAAUUGUUUGUGCAGUAAAAGUGAUUGAAUAAUGUGA